CGUUUUUGGUAUUUAUCAGAGAAGGAAACAUUCGAAGCCAUAUUUAAGAGCUUGCGCUUUAAUGCGUAAAUUCUCUGAAGAUUGUGGAGCGACAAUGCCGGAAACACUUCGCGGCACAUUUCUUCGAAAGCACUUAGCAACUUAUAGUGCAGUUUUAGGAAUCAAUGAAAAUGAGAUGCAAGAUUUGGCGAAUUUCAUGGGGCAUGAUGAAAAGAUACAUAAAGAUGUAUACAGACUACCUAAUGCCGUCAAAGACGUAACCGAGGUAUCGAAAUUUUUACAGGCUGCAAUUGAAAAUGAAAACAGCGCUAAUAGCUCAGUUUCAGAACUACGUGUUGGAAAAUCUGUUAUAGCCGAAGAAAGGAGCGAUUCAGAUUUUGAACUUGAAACCAGCGACGAGGAGGAAAGCAAAAAUUGUUAUAGAUCAUCGAUUUCUAAAAUUAAAAGAACAAAGUGGAGUACGGAAGAACAGGAUGUAGUAACAAAUUUUUUUGGGCCCCUAAAGAGUUUGCCAAAACUUCCUUCGCUUCAUACUUGUCAAGAUUUAAUAAGUAAUAACGAGGUAUUGAAAAACCGUGCUCCUCAACAAUUAAAAACUUGGAUUGACAAUCAGAGGAAGAAAGAUUCCCGAAAGAGGAAAUCAAUUUAAUUUUUAUAACUAAGAAGAAUUUUACUUUGUUUUAAUAUUUCCCAUCAUUUUUAGUUUUAUUUGUUUCCAAAUACCAAAAAAACUCAUUCAAAGAUAUUUUUAAAUAAGCUGUGAUAUUAUCAGGCUUCAAUGUUUAUUUAAUAAACAAGAAUAUUUUUAAUUCAUUUAAGAAAAAUACCUUUGUUAUAGAAUUACAGAAAACUCUAUUUCGUUUAUAAAUUUAUAUUUAGGUAUGUCUGUCAUAAUAUUGUAGUAGAUAGACAUAAAUUGUUAUAUUUUUCUACUUUAUAAAAAAACAGAACCUUGCACAAUUUACGAUGUUGAAAUCGUAAAUGAAUAAUUAAAGGAAAAACAUUUCUGAAAGAGAAAAUCAGUUUAAUUUUUAUGAUUAGAAAGCACUUCACUUUGAUUCAUUAUUUUCCAUAUAGCUGUGCAAAUUUUAAUUCGAAUCGACUUUUGUUUGGUUUUGAGGCGCUGAAAUGUCAAAUGUCAAAAACUAAGCUAACUCGAAUGCCGGUUUUUCGAUGUUCGACAUUUUAGGGCUCCAAAACCGAACAAACCUUGGUUCGGUUCAAAUUUCGAAUACUAGACAUUCAAAUUGGACUAACUCGAAUGUUGAAUUAUCAACACAUAUUUUAGACGAAAAACUUCGAACCAUUCGAUUCAAAUAAUUUU